AUGAGAACUGGUGCUGUUGUUGCUGCUGGUCUCACUGGUUUGGCGCUGUCGCCGGUUUUGGCGGCUGACGAGUCGGUCGUGGGUGUGUUUAUUUUCGGUCGUCAUGCCGACAGAUUGACGAAAGUGUCAAAGGACUCACAUGAAGGUACCAAGAUCCUCACUCCUGAGGGGUCUUGGGAAGCGUUUGAAUCGGGCCAGUUUUACCAGAAUCGGUACAUGUCUAAUGACAGUGGGUUCCGUAUUCAAGGUUUGAACCAGACUUAUCAACCUAAUCAGUUCAAUGCUUUUGCUUCUGAUAGUGAUGUUCUGGAAAAGACUGCUCAGGGCUUCUUACAAGGUCUGUAUCCUCCUUUGACUAGUAUUGAUGGUCAAGCUGAUACUGUUCAAGGAAGUUCUCUUGCUAAUGGCUCGUUUAUUGAGACACCUCUUGGUGGGUACCAGUACGUUUAUUUCACUGGUAUGGACGGAUCUACUCCAGAUGGUAUCUGGCUUCAGGGCGAUGCUAACUGCCCUGUUUAUACCAAUGCUUCAAAUGCGUAUAUGGACUCGCCAGAAUUCCAUCAACUCAACACGUCUACUUUCAACUUCUAUCAGAGUUUGUUUCCUCUUGUCGAAGGCCAAUUGACUAAAGCUCAAUUGAACUACGGCAAUGCCUAUGGAGUGUUUGACUACUUCAUGGUGAACUCCGUUCAUAACGAGACAUUUGCCAAUCUGAUUGCUAAUAAGACCGACGAGUUCCACCAGGUCCGUACUUUACAAGAUAUCUACAGCAAGGCUCUCAAUUACAAUUCGUCGAACCUCGACACCACUAUUGGCGGCCAGACCAUGGCAGGAUUUAUUCUCCAGCAGCUCAAUCUGACCGAGACCACUGGAGAUGCUCCAUACAUGACCUAUGCUGUUGGUGCCUAUGACAUUUUCUACCAGCUUUUUGGAGUCCUCGACCUCUACAACGUCAACCAGACCGUCGACACCACCUUCACCGGUAUCAUCAACUAUGCAGCCAGUGCAGUCUUUGAACUUGUCGAGUCUGACAACGACAAAAUGAUUCGAUUCGGGUUCCGCAACGGUACAGACGAGUCCGACACCGUCCUUUACUACCCGAUUCUUGGCUCCAACUCUACCGAGAUGCCCUACACCACCUUUGUCAGUGAACUGACCAAGAAAUCCAUCACCGACCUCAAAACCUGGUGCAACACCUGUUCUGCCUGGUCGCAAGACUUCUGCAAAGUCUACAGCCCCGACUACCUCAACGCCGCUGCCCACAACUUCAAAUUCUCCACCUCCAACCUCUCUCUGGCCGGAGCUGGAGGCAUUGGAGCCGGUGUCACACUCUUUGUCGUAGCCCUCGUUCUCGCUCUAGCGUAUCUCUUCUUCCGCAAGAGCCGCUCCACCUCGUCCUCCAUCCACUCUUCUCCCCACACCGAAGUCGGCAGUGUCUCGUCCGCCCCUAAACAGGAGGUGUAA